AUGUUCAGUCGUCUCAGUCAGUUGACCCGCCACCUCGCUCGACCGUCACUCAAUUACGCUUCCGCUCUGCCGCCCUUGUCGAUUCCUCAAACGCGUGCCUCCAACAUGACAUCAUCCGCGGUGCAUAACUACACGAAAACGAUACACACGGCAGCAUGUCUGAUCAUUGGUGAUGAGGUGCUUGGCGGAAAGACAAUUGAUACCAAUUCCGCAUAUUUCGCCAAGUAUUGCUUCUCUCUUGGGAUACAGCUCAAGAGGGUAGAAGUCAUUGCCGAUGACGAAAGUGAAAUUAUUGAGGCCGUCAGUCGCAUGAGUAACAACUACGAUUUUGUGGUGACCAGUGGAGGCAUUGGGCCGACUCACGAUGACAUUACGUACGAAUCCAUAGCCAAGGCAUUUGGUCUGAAGUUGAAACUACACCAAGGCGCUUUUGAGCGUAUGAAGAAGCUCUCCAAGCCUCACCCAAUGCAACCGCAAUUUGACUGGGACACCCCGUCCCCCGGUCUAACAGCCAAGCUGCGUAUGGUUGAACUUCCCCACGAUGAGACUCUGUCGGAGGAGCAGCAGGCUACCUUCGUGGCGGAUGAUAUGUGGGUGCCAAUCGCCAUCGUCAACGGUAAUGUGCAUAUCUUGCCAGGAGUUCCCCGUCUCUUCGAGAAGCUCCUUGAGCAUCUGAAGCCUACUCUGCUUCCUCGGUUAACCGACCCUGAGGGCAAAGGCAUCUAUCGGUACUUAUUCAGCACCCCCCUCCCCGAAAGUGCUGUGGCGCCUUACCUGACGGACCUUGCGACGCGGACAUCUUCACGAGGAAUCAAGGUUGGUAGUUAUCCCCGCUGGGGAAAGAAGCGUAAUACCGUAACUCUGGUUGGAACCGACCAAGAUUUCAUGGACUCGUUGGUCUCCGAGGUCGAGCAGAAUGUCCAGGGCACAAGAGUCUCGCAGGAAGAUGAGCUUGACCCCCCUUCCGAUGCAGAGGAAAGUAAAUAA